GUCAAGUAGCAAGGCGGUAAGAAGUAGUCUAGUUGAUCUAGUUGACAUUGCGUUUUGAUUAAGCUAAUAAAUAUAAAUAGUCUUUAUAAUAGUCCUAAACGAAACUGGGUCGGAAUAGUAACGUAAUAUGUGAUGUAUCCUAAAAAUAACGUUUAGAUAGUGUCACAGGAAGUGCUACAAUGAAAGAAAAACAUCUCAAAGUGGAUCUAACCUAAGCUUAUUUGCAAAACGAAUUGCACUAGAACAAUGAUUACAAGAUAAUAUAAUGGUUGUAGUGAAGAGCGUAGAUAAUCGUUGGAUACGAAGAUACAAAAUAUUUUUUCUGAUUGGCAUUGCAAUCUUUAUAUUUCAAUUGUUUCUUGCCAUUAGACUUUUUAUCUUGCAACCAGACAAUUUAAAUUUGCCAAAUUCAUGGAAUGAAGAUGCCGAAGUUAGCGUGAAUUCGGCGCGAAGGAGUAACAAUGCUCUUGUUAUAGAUGAUGAUGAAGGGCAGAUAAAGAAGGUGGCAAAACCUUCAACAGUCAUUCCAUCAACCACUAAACAUGUAGUAAGGUUGCGUUUGGAGGAGUUAGAUUUUGUGCCAUCUUGUGAAAUAUCUACCAAAGAAGCUGUCUCUGCAAUUCAUAGAGCAAAAACUCAAAGAUGCAAGCAGGAGAUUGCGAAUAUUACGUGCCUUAUUCAGAGUGGUUCUUUGUAUCCAACAGAGUUACAUAAUCAUUGUCCAAAUGAAGGACGUGAUCCUGGCAAGCUGUUGGGCUGCUUUAAAGAUGAAAAGAACUUUAGAUUGCUCAGUGGUUAUUAUGGCAAGAACAAGGAUGCCAACUCUCCAGAGUAUUGUAUACGUUUGUGCCUUCAGUCAGGGUUUGCUUAUGCCGGUGUACAAUAUUCGAUUGAGUGUUUUUGUGGAAAUGAUGAGCCUCCAUCAACAGCCAAACAACCAGAUUCAUCAUGCAAUAUGAAAUGUCCCUCAGAUCCACAUCAAGCUUGUGGUGGAUAUUUUACAAUGAAUGUUUUUCAAACAGGCAUAAAAAAAUUUUCACCACGCAUCGCGUCAACAGGAAGUACAAAUAUAAAACAGGUACGAAUCGUAUUCCUUCUCACACUGAAUGGACGAGCUUUAAGACAAGUGAAGAGGUUGAUCAAGAUUUUAUAUCACAGGGAUCAUUAUUUUUAUAUUCAUGUAGACGCGAGGCAAGAUUAUUUAUUUAGGGAAUUGUUGAGCUUAGAACGACAAUUUCCGAAUGUAAGACUGACGCGGCGUAGAUUUGCAACGAUAUGGGGUGGUGCAUCCCUGCUCAAAAUGCUGCGCUCCGCGAUGCGCGAACUGAUCGACGAUAUAGACUGGCAAUGGGAUUUUGUCAUAAAUCUCAGUGAAUCGGACUAUCCGGUGAAAACACUCGAUCGCCUAACAUCCUUCCUCUCGCUGAAUCGCGAGAAAAACUUUGUCAAGUCGCAUGGCAGAGAAGUCCAGCGUUUUAUUCAGAAACAGGGUCUGGAUAAAACGUUUAUCGAAUGCGAUACGCACAUGUGGCGCACUGGGGACCGCAAAAUUCCGUGGGGCAUUCAAAUAGACGGUGGCAGCGAUUGGGUGGCGCUAUCACGUAAGUUUGUCGAGUACAUCGCGACUGAUUCCCCUGAUGAACUGGUCGAAGGCCUAUUGGUGCUUUUCACCUACACUCUCCUGCCGGCCGAGUCGUUCUUCCAUACAGUGUUGCGUAAUUCGAAAUUCUGCAACACUUAUAUCGAUAACAACCUGCACGUCACCAAUUGGAAGCGUAAGUUGGGGUGUAAGUGUCAAUACAAGCAUAUUGUAGAUUGGUGUGGGUGUAGUCCCAAUGAUUUUAAACCAGAGGACUGGUUAAGGGUGCAAAAUACAGAGAGUCGACAGAUUUAUUUCGCGCGAAAAUUCGAGCCGAUUAUCAACCAAGCGGUGGUGCUGCAAUUGGAGCAGUGGUUGUAUGGCGACAGCUAUCAUACGGAUUUACUCAAUAUAAAUUCCUAUUGGCAGAGUGUGUACAACUCGUUUGAUUUGGGUACUACUGGGGAUGAUAGUCUAUUGACUUUAACUGAUAGCGUGAUACGUACCACGAUUAAAACAUUAAAUAAACAUUGCACCGCAGGCGAUUACAAAUUAAAAGAGAUACACUCAUAUCACACGAAUGACAGUUACCAGAAGACUUUAGUUUUGUACGAUUUGAACGUUACUGAUGUAGGCACAGUUAAGUUAGAGACUUGGUUCAAGCCGAAAAACACACUUUUGCUUACCAAGUCGUCUAAUAUCGUUUACCGGAUUAAGUCGAUGAUAGUGAGUAGCGAGUACGACCAAAAGGAGCAGAUAUCACGUAAUUUGGCGCGAAGUUUAGGCCCUUACUCGGAGGCAGCUUUGAUUUACACGUUCAACGCGGCGCAUGCAGCUAGCAAAAGUACAAAUUUAACGUUAUUGUGGAUUAAUCCUGCGGGGCAUUUGGUGGACGUGACUGAGAUAAGCGUAGACGACAUGUUUGUUACCGGAUUUAGCAAACCAACCCUAAAGCAACCUUUAUUACCUGGCGCGUGGACGAUUAAAUUGAUACAUCAUGAUGAAUCCGCGGCGGAAGUGAAGUUUUUAGUCACUCCUUUGAGUUUUGUGGGCGGUAAUACUAUUGCGCAGAACCAGGUAAAUUUUAUUCAUUCAGGCGCGGAGAACUUUAAAGAGUUUGACACUUCUUUUGAAAAAUAUCUACCGAGUAAUUUCGAACGCGAACGAUUAGAAUUACUUAGCGUGGCGAACUCGAAACGUUUCGGGCCGGACCUGCAGGAAUGGAUCGAUACGCUUUUCGCUAAGUUUUACACAUUGGGUUCGAGUUGUAUUGCAAGAAAUGCGAAACAUGACAACGUUAAAACGUGCGGUAUUGUCACAAAUUGUAUUGACACAGAUUGGAGUUCUCUAGCCCCCGAUCCAAAGAGUUUCAUUGGUAAAGUGAAUGAAACAACGGGUGGACUUAACUAAAUGUUUAAAUAUACAUGAAAGAAGUGUGCGGAACGAAAUUUUACGGGGUAAAAGAUGAAAAUAUAUUUUAUUAUCGUUGUUAUUGUGAUAUUAAAUUGGUGCUCCAAAUUUUCUUCAUUCUACGUGACGUGACUUUACAACUAACUUGUAUUCCUCUUGAAUCUUGCAUGUUUGUUGCAUGUUGCAUUCAAUAUUUACAAAAACAUACAUGUUAAAACAGUUAAACGGUUUCUCAGUGUCUAGAAACAAAUACUAAAUAGGUGAUUACUUUUAAAACAAAGUUAACAGUGUAAUUGAUCAGUGUUAGAUUUUCACACUGAUCCAACUUGGGUAGCUACAUAAAGUUACAGAACUUUAUUAUUAUUCAAAUUAGAGCCGAUGUUAUAACUGAUCUAAAAACUUUCCGCAAAUUGAGCAUUUUUAGCGAAGUUACCUAACAAAUUGUUGUAAAAACCAGCACAUCCAUUCAUGUGGUCCAAACACUCAACAGACUACAUUCUUUUUAACUUAUUGGACACCAACUUUUAUUACUACAAACUUUCAUGAUCAUAAAUGCCAUACUAAUUAUAAAUACUGUAAAUCAUGUUAAAAGCUAUGUUCUUAUCUUAAAGUACGCAAUACUUUAAGGUUUUUAGGAGCAGCAAUGACUGGCCAUAUAUGUUACAUAUUAAUAUAAUAAAAACAUAAAAUACUUACAACA